GUUAUUCAUACAUCUUUUAAUGCCGUAUUUUGUUUUAAUACAUUGUUGCUCACAAUUGGAACACAAAAACGUUGUUGUCGAUGUACACGAUUUCCCAAAUACUUUCAAAAUGCCUUUCCAUGUUGUUGGUGAUGAAUCAGGUUGCGGUAAUAGCGAUUUGAUAAUUUUCAGUAAUCGAAGAACGUUCUGUUUAUUAAUAUUGGCAUCAAUAUAAUAUUCAGUUAACAUUUUGAUAGCGGCUUUAAUGGUUAUUGCGGUGCCUUGGUAUAACGGUCUUGAUUCUCUGUAUGAAGAUCUAAAUCAUCUGAGCGUGGUAAAUUAUCAUGUUCAUCUUCAACGCAAUCUUGUACGGAUGUCGCCGGUUUUAUUUGAAAUGAAUUUUGCUGUGUAUCAUUAUUAAGCUGUUCUUCUUCUUCAUCAAUAUCGGUACAAGUUUCAUCAGAAUUAUCAAGCGCUUCUUCAGCUGUUGUUUGUUAUUCAUAACGACGCAUACGUUGUUUGUUAACUUUAAGCGAGGCAUAAUAAGCUUUCUUUCGCGGCAUAUCAUAAACGAUACUGCAGCACUUUUAUAGAUUGAUCACGCUCUCAAUCUCACACUAAAGUACACCUAUAGUAGAGUGUGAUCAAUCUGUAGAAGACCCGAUACAAUUGCAAAGACAGACUAAGACUAGUUUAUUCACGAAAAGUGAGAGUCAUCAAAGGUACCCGACCUUUAAUAUCAACGACUCGAGCCAAAUUACAAAAAUGAAAUAGGGAGAAAGAAAUAACAGAAAUUGAGACAGGGCGAUAGUUUCAAACGUCGGCAAGAGCGCCUUUUUUAUGAAUAGACACGAUGAAUACAACUUUCCGAAGGGCUGGAAAGUUAUCAGAAGAAAAACACAGAUGAAAAAUAAGUGUCGAUGAGGUGAAAGAAUGUCAGCACAAGUAGAAAGAAAGGAAGAGGGGAUUCCAUCAGCACCAACAGUAUACUUUCUAUCCAACUUCCGGAGUAAACUCUCAACAUCUCGCACGGAGAAGUCAAGCUUAUCCAUUGUUGGCAAGUCCGGAGAGGUAUAGGGAGGAAUUUGACCCUGAAGAUCAGAAUAACAAGACGAAAAAUGAGACGCAAACAGGAUCCAGUUCGAGCCAUGUUCUUGUAUUAGUAUAACACAGUACAUCACAACAGAAAAGAAAUUCAUUUAGCUUAUUUUGAAGGUUUCUUUGUUUUUCUUUUUGUGUUUUUAUUGGUCAAAAUUAUCUUCCAAUUAAGAAAAGGAUGGUAGAUGAUGCCUAUAAACCAAGGGGGAAACAGCUGAUUUUGGGAUUUAUCCGAUUUUGACUGAUUUUCAUUGAUUUUCACUGAUUUUGACUAGUUUUCAUCGAUUUUCAUUGAUUUUCGUAGAUUUUCACUGAUUUUCAGCGAUUUUCGUUGAUUUUCACUGAUUUUCACGGAUUUUCAGCGAUUUUUUCCGAUUUCUUAUGAUUUGUUUGGGAAAUCAAGUAAAAAGACUGCGAUAAAUAGUGCAGAACCUCCUUUAUUUGUAUAAAAUAGUAAUUAGACAUAGUGAAAGUAAAGAAAAAAAAGAUAAAAUCAUAAGCGAUUUUUAAGGAUUUUUAACAAUAUUUAGCGAUUUUUAAGGAUUUUUAACAAUAUUUAGCGAUUUUUAAUGAUUUUUUGCGAUUUUAACCGAUUUUCGAUUUAAACUGAUUUUUCAAGCUCAAAAAUCAGCUGUUUCCCCCUUGCUAUAAACACUACUGAUACUGACAAACAGCACUUCAUUUUUCGUAUUCUUCAUUUCAUUUCAGGACAAGCUCGUUCGAAGUCGAAACACAUAUACAUUUUUCAUUUUCCUAAAUGCACACAAAUUACCAUUCAGGGAUCCAGCCAGAUGAUCCCGAAAUUCGUACUGGGAUCUAGUGAGAUAUCGGUACUAUCAGCGGGAUUGAUGGGAUUUUGCGAGAUCUCGACAGAAAAAGUACAUCUUGCGAGAUCCCAGCAGAUUUCAUCCUAAAAGUUCAACAUGGGAAAAAUAUGCAACCUUUGAGACAUAGUCGCAGGAUUUAACGCAUCCCUAGAUACUAGGACGGAUUAAAUUGACGGAUAACUUCUACAUCUGUAGGGUAGUCGUUUUCUGUAAAAUAUUACGUGGGCAAACAUCUUAUUAUUUGAAAGUUCAACUUCGUUACCAUCAGCCGAAUACAUGAUAUAAUCUCCGAAGCAAUAACUCUCAACAAAUUGAAUCGACUGAAGAAAGACAAAAAUCCUUCUUCAAUAUUGUGUCUAUUGAUUGGAAUAAUUUACCUCCUCAACAACAGCUGCUGAAGCCAGCCAAACUCAAAGAGCAUUUGAAGAACACAAUCAUCGAGCAAAGACCACUUAGACAGUUUCCAAAACAUUUGUCGUUUCCGAAUCGAAGGGCGGAGAUUCUAUUUAUGCGGUUGAAAUCAAAUAAUCCUCAACUUAAUCAUAAUUUAUUUAAACGGCAUUAUAUUGAUUCAGCGGCAUGUAUUUGUGCUGGUGGUGAUGAAACGUUGAGUUAUUAUUUUCUUGAAUGUUCUCAGUUCAGUCCAUGCAGGAAACAUCUUGAACUAACACUCAGUCGUAUCGGACUCUCGCUAUCUGUUGACAUUUUACUACUCAAUGAUUGUUCUAUUGACAAAGAUGCUAUGAGUGUUGUACUUCGAGCUGUGAAUGAAUAUAUUGAAAAAACGCAACGAUUUACAUGA